CAGCAAGGAUCUCAUCAGGAGAACUCCGGCAUCCGUAUUCGAUGACCUCCCCCCUUCACGCGGUCGAUGCUUCGCAUGACGCUGCAUGGGAUGUCACGUAUGGCAAGCAUGAAUGGACGAGGCUUGAUGGCGGUAAGGAUUCCUUUCUGAAAGCCUGGAAAUAGAGGACAUGUAGCAAUUAUCCAAUUUGGAGCCGAAUCGAGGCUGCACGCCUUGAGCCCUCUUUCUCUCAUGCUUGCAGAUCCUUUUUGCUUGCCAAUGAUCGACGGGCGGGAAGGAGGGCACGAAAUCAAAUGCCACUUGGCGCACGAGUGGCGAUUGCAUGGGCAUGAAGUCAUUUGUACGCGGGGAUGAAGGGGUUGCAUGGUGAAAAAAUGACAGGUGAUCGAUGGAUCGCGCGCGCGUCCUUCCUUCAGACUGUCAGCAAUUGGAACCGCAUGAUGAGAGGGUCCUCGAGCGCGGGCGACACGCGCCGGUGAUGUCUGCAUCCUUUCUAGGCAGCGCGGUUCUACGACUGUCCACAGCUUUGCCAAGCAUUCUUGGAGGUAUUGGCGCAGCUAUGGUGUCAAGAUGGUGUUAAACCGCGUGGAACAACACCCGUAAUCUGGUCAAUUGCUCUUCCGAACUCUGUAUAAUUGUUUUUUUAAAAAUCGACGAAAUGUUUCUUUCGCUCUAUCUCUUCAAGGCGGGUGUCUAAAUAUGCACGACUGCCUCCGAUAUUUCUUCUUUUGAAUGAUUUUUUUUCCAGCAGAUGAUAUUUUAACGUCAGUAGAAUACUUAAUCAUCUGUAUUUCGUCUAGUUCUGUGAGAUGAGGAGUCAUCGAUCGUGUACUUGGUGGAAAUUGAAACCCCUGUCACGGUGCCGGAGACGUACCAGGGGAAACUACAGACACAUUUUUCUGCACCAUAUGAUCGCACGAAAGUCUCCUCGAAUAAAUCUUUAUAUUACUAAGAUACAGAACAUUUGCAUACACGAC